ACUUCAGGGAAAAAGAUAAGAUGCUGCAUAUAAAGUGAACAGUUAAUCAGUUACCCGGCGGCGGGCGACCUUUCAUCUAUGCUUCCUUUAUAUUUCAUUGCUACCAUUGAAGUCGAACAGAUUUAUUAUUCUGGUUGCUUUUCGGCUUUUCCUUUUUACAAGAGAAAAAUUAUGAUCCGAACGACAAGAACGGACGUGGUGGUAUCCCCAAUUGUGCAGUCAAUGCUUGACAAGUUGAGCUCCCCUGAGCUCCGGGAUUUCGGAUCGUCAUGGGAAGUCGGAUUUGAGCUGGCAGAGCUCCGCAAAACACUUCAAACGAUCCAAGCAAUGCUGGGUUUCAUGGAGGAGCUACAAGUAAGAGAUGAGCUAGUGAAGGUUUUGUUGAGAGAUCUUAGGGGUGUGGCCUACUAUGUUGAUGACGCCCUGGACGAGUUCAUCUAUGAAGUUCUCAAAGAGAGGGAUGAGAGGAGUCAGGGAAGGAAAAAGAAGCCGGUGCGCUCGCUUUUCUUAUCUUUUCUAAAUACCCAUAACGCAUGUUCACCUGAUGUUGCAAGUUUCAUAACUAAAAUUGAUGAGAAAUUAGCUGAUAUUGAAAAGAAGCUCCAACCCCAUUACUUGGGAGGAUCUUCUACAGUGAAGCACUCUGGAAUGCUAAAUAGUCAAAAUAGACAAGGAGCUAUUCACUUUAGAGACAUCAGGCAGAUGAGUAGCUCAUUAGUUGGUGAGUCGUACAUUUUUGGUAGGAAAGAAGAGGCUUAUUAUGUGAAGAACGUAUUGUUGUCUAAUCAAUAUGAUGGAAGGGAGGUUCCUGUGGUUUCAAUUGUUGGAAUGGGGGGUUUGGGCAAGACAAAACUUGCCCAGCUUAUAUACAAUGACCCAGAAAUUAAAGAACAUUUCAAUAUGAGAUGGUGGAUCUGUGUGUCUGUGGAUUUUACUGUUGACAGGUUAACUAGAGCAAUAUUAGAGUUGGAAACAAGGAAAACUGGUGAUCUCAAGGAACUAGAGUCGUUACAACUUGAACUUCAGGAUAGGGUGAGGGAACAGAGGUUUCUACUUGUGCUAGAUGAUGUCUGGAGUGAAAACCGUGACAUCUGGGAUGCCCUACGGCUUCCUUUUUGUGCUGCAGAUAAAGGAAGUAGAAUUAUAGUAACUAGUCGGAGUCAAAGAGUUUCAUCCAUCAUGGGUUCCGUGAAAACUCUUUCUUUGGGAGGUUUAUCAAAUGAAGAUUGCUGGACAUUGUUUAAAAACAAGGCAUUUAUUGAUGAGAAUUCUGAUGCACAUCCAUUCUUGGAAGCAAUUGGUAAGAAAAUUGUACAUAAGUGCAAUGGUGUGCCUUUGCUAAUAAGUACACUUGGAGAGCUUUUAUAUGGGGAACUAGAUGAGAAAAAGUGGGAAUACAUCCUCAAAGGCCAGGUGCUAGAUCUAGAGGAAAACAAAAUUUUUUCGACUUUAAGUUCGAGUUACCAUCAUCUGCCAGCACAUUUGAAGAUCUGUUUCCAAUAUUGCUCUUUGUUUCCCAAGGAUUAUGAAUUUGAAAAAGAAAUCCUAGUCUUACUUUGGAUGGCAGAAGGUUUUCUUCCAUCUAAUGAAAUUGAGAAAAUGGAAGAUAUUGGUAUCCAGUACUUUGAUGAUUUGUUGCACAGGUCUUUCUUUCAGAAAAUAUAUACAUUGAUUGAUCAAACAUCUGAGGAAAGAUUCGUGAUGCAUGAACUCAUGCAUGAUGUAUCACAGUCAGUUUCUAGGGAGAUUUGUUUUAGUCCUGCUUUUGUCAAACCAUGUGAUAAAUUGAACUCUGAGAAUGCACGUCACAUGUCAUUGAUUAAUGAUGAUCUUGAUUCAGUUAAUAAAGAAUUGUAUGAUUGUAAGGGGACAUCCACAUUUCUAUUACCAGACUAUGAUUUUAACAUCUUUUUCUUUGGAGAGGUCACUCAUGAGUUCUUUGAAGGGUUCAGAUGCUUGCGUGUGUUGGAUCUAAAAGGAUACGAACCCAUGCGGCUGCCAGAUUCCAUUGGAAAUCUGAAGCAUUUACGAUACCUUAACCUUAGUUAUUCUGGUAUUAGAGAGUUACCUGAAUCCACAUGUAACCUUUUCAAUUUGCAGACAUUGGUAUUGAAGAAUUGUCUCUUCUUUUCUAGGUUGCCUACAAAUAUUGAAAGCCUAAUCCACCUCCGGCACAUAAUGAUGGAAGGUACUGCUAUUCGCUCCACACCAGUGGGAAUUGGGAGAUUACGUUUUCUCCAAACAUUUCCUCCUAUUUUUUUGAGUCAAGAUGAUGGUUUUAGGAUAAGAGACUUGAAAGAGUUUCAGUACCUCAAGGGUGAACUUCAUAUUUACAACCUAGAGAAUGUAGCUAGUGGUAUGGAGGCCAUGGAAGCUGAUUUGAAGCACAAACAAAACAUUGAUCACUUAUUAUUAAAAUGGAGUGACAGAACUCAAAAUCUUCGAGAUGAGGAUGACAUUAGAGCUGUCCUUGAAGGCCUACAACCACACACAACUAUUAAGAGUCUCAAGAUCAUCGGCUACAAAAGUUUGGUAUUUCCAAACUGGAUGAUGAUGGAAUUAUCAGUUUAUAAUAAAUUGGUCUCAUUGACACUCUCCAAUUGUAAAAAAUGCAAGUUUCUCCCACCUCUUGGGCAACUACCAGCACUAGAGUCUCUGGAGAUUGAUGGACUGGUGGAAGUUAAAUGUGUCAGUCAUGAGUUUUAUGGGGAUAAAAACAUGGAUGGUAGUAAAAAGGGGUUUCAAAAGUUGAAGUUCUUAACAUUCAAGGAGAUGGAUGGAUUGGAGGAAUGGUAUGGAUCUGAGGAAGGUGAAUUCCCUUGCCUCAAAGAGCUUGUAAUUAAAUGUUGCCGCAAACUGAGUAAACUGCCCCCACUCUUGCCCACUGUGAAAGAAUUAGAGAUAUACUCAUGUGAUGCUUUGACCUCUCUUCCAAGACUUCAAUCAGUUUUCAAGCUAAGAUUAGGAAAUUGUGAUGAGACGAUAUUAAGUUGGAUGCAUCACUGCACAUCCUUAUCCUCCUUGGAUAUUUCUAAUUUUCGAAAUCCAACAUCCCUGCCCCCAGCAAUGCUACGACCCUUGGCAGCAUCACUUCAAAAUUUGCAGAUCAAUGAUUUUCCAAGGCUUAGGUUGCUGACAGAGGAUGUAGGAUUACAAGACCUUGCUUCUCUCCAGUAUUUAGAAAUCAGUGGAUGCGAUAAUCUUAUGUCCUUGCCCAAAGGUUUUCACAAACUAAGCUCUCUUGAAUACUUGACCAUUGGUGAUUGUGAUCAAUUUACAUCAUUUUCAGAAGAAGAAAAUGAUGAUGGAAGAGGAGGAGGGAUGACCUAUCCCCCCAUGCUUAAACGUUUGCAGAUAUAUAGCUGUAACAAUCUCAAGUACUUGCCCAGAGGACUUCACAACUUGACCUCUUUGAUGGAAUUAACUAUUGAUAGAUGUGAUAGAAUAAUGUUGUUUCUGGAUCAAGAGGGGAGCCUUCCCCCGAUGCUUAAACGUCUUUCUCUUGGGGGAUUUGAUCAAUUGAAGACCCUACCUAGGGGUUUACAUAACCUAAACUCUCUCCAAGAACUACAAAUCAGCGAUUGUAACAGUAUUACAUCCUUGCUGGAUGAGGGGCUACCUAGCAGUCUUUGCUCUUUAACCAUCUGGAGGUGUCCUGAAAAACUUAAAAGCCGUUUGAACAGGGAAGGAGAAGACUGGCCAAAAAUAGCACAUAUCCAGAAUGUAUCAUUCUAUGGGUAGUUGUAGUUCUAAAUUGGCACCAUGAUCAAGAGCCAAACAAGGAUGCUGUGAGUGCAAGUGACUGGAAUGGAAUUUGGACUCCAUUAUUACAGUGGAAGGCCUGGCCUUGACCCUACAAUUUGUUGGAAGCCAAAGGAAGCACUGGAGCUUAUAGAAUGGUGAAUCAGAAAGUACCACUACCUUGUGGUGGUUCAUGAUUACAAACUGACACUUGUGCUUAAACGUUUACCAUCACAGGUUUCUUGAUGUCAGAAAAACCAUACUUCCUGAGGAUCACAUUCAGGCAUGAUGUUUCUACUUGAUAUGUUGCUUUUGUUCUUGAGUUCUUCAUGUUGGUCUUAUCCAAGAAUGUGUAGUCAGCAUUUGCAUCUUUUGUGAAUGCAAUUUGUGGAUCCAAUGGACUAGUAUAUGUUCUCCAUGGUAUUGUUAAGAAAUUUAAAGAUUUAUAGAUAAAUUUUGGUUUUAUUUAUCAUUAAAUGGUCCAUGGAAUUAAUUAGAACUAACAAUCCAAAAGAAUCCAAAGGCGAAUACUAUAAAAGCAUUAAAUAUUUUCAGAGAGGGAGAUCAAGAGAGAUUAGAAACAGUGGUAUAGAAAUUGUACCAACUUUUCACUGUCAUCAUGUAAUGGGGUGUUUGACAACAUGGUUUUGUUUUUGAAAACAAAUAAAAAAAACUGCUGCAUUAUAAGUUUGCUGAUUGAGGCAGUUGUUUUUGUUUUCAAAAACAAAGCCAACCAUGUUGUUGAACACCCCCCAAGCCUUGUCCCAGUGAUAUGGGUUAGCUACAUGGAUCCUAUUCUGACAUCCUGUUUUGUUCAGUGCCAUAUCCAUUCUUAAAAGAGCCUUUAAAUCAUUAUCACUGCUUCAGCCCAUGUCCUUUCCGGUCUUCCCCUAGCUCUUGUAGUCCCUUCACCAGGUCCUAUCCUCUCUACUUUUCCUAUUCAUCCAUCUCAACAUUCACAUCAUGGCCACACUCAUUUUUUGAAUUGGGAUCUGCUCCUCACAGAACGCACCUCACAGUGACAUCCCACCCUGUAUUGGGAACAUCUCCCCAUGAAUAAUAAAUACAAGUACGGGAGAUGCUCCCAAUAUGUGGCCAGGACAGGUUAUGAGGUCAGUGUGAGGCGUGCUCUGUGAGAAGCAGAUCCGCACUCCAUUUUUUCAACAUUUUGCUUCCACUGUGCUGACUUUUGAGGUUUAUAUAAAAAAACAUUGUGGGAACAGAAACGCUGACAGAACUUUGGUGUCUAAUUACAACUUAUAUUAUGAUUAUUUCUUGUCAAUUCUUGUUUGAUUAGGGUUAGCAAUUUGCAUUAUUUUUUGUUAUAAAAAAACUCAUUUUCUGAAUGCAUUGACCAAUUUUUUCCUAUCUUUUGUCUAGUGAGAUAUAAACAUGUAUGGUCUGUGCUCAUUGGUUACCACUUGUCUAGACCUAUGAAAGGAUCUUGAUUUCAAAUGAGCAAUCUACCUCUAUUCUAUUGAUUUUCUUUGUAUAAAUCUUUCUGGUUACCACUUGUCUAGACCAAUGAAAGGAUCUUGAUUUCAAAUGAGCAAUUUACCUCUAUUCUAUUGAUUUUCUUUGUAUAAAUCUUUCUGAUUAGGAACACGAGUUAUUACUGACCCAAAUCCAGUGUGGACAUUACCUAAAAUUCAGGUUCUGAUGAGAGUCCAUAUGAUGGCAUGCAAGAAACAAGAAGUUUGAUCAUGUACUUUCACAUGUGCAGAGAAGUGAUGCUUCAGGUUCUAUUAUUGUCAAUUGACUCAAUUUGUAAGUUUUUAAUUUUCCCUGGCCCUUUUUUUGCAGGCUCUUUUAUUUAAGUGAUUUUGCAUAAAAACCCAGUAGGUACUAGAUACUCCUGCAAGACAAUGGAACGAUCUUGAUUUCAGAAAAUGGUGCACCUCUAUUCUGUUUUAUCUCAUUGUCUCCAACUGAUAUGGUGCAGAGCCAAACAUGUAAUGAUUUGCAAUCAUUUGGUGCUCUUGGGCUUUUAGAAAUCUCUAAGCAAGAAUUGCAAGAACCUACAGGUUGGAUGAGUUAAUACUUGUCAAGUAAUACAAGAAGAACACAGAAGCCUAAUUGAGGCUAACCGUGCAAUUUGCCGAUGUCUUUCUGCCAUCAAAGGCCAUUCCCAGUCAGAUUGUGAGAGGGAAAAUGGUUACUUGAGAUUUUUCUUUUCUAUAUUUUCAACCCUCUAGCGGAAUGAAAAUUUUUCAUCAACUAUAGAUUCUCUACUCGGGUUGAGGAACUUGAACCUUAUUCUAUUUAUUUGAAUUACAUAGCCUUAUUUAUACUUGAUUUGGUGAAGUAUAAUAAAAGGGAAUGGAGUGUAACCUAAAUUCGUCUGGACUCAG